AUGCAACUACCACAGCAGAACUUUUCGGCCACAGCUGCAAGAGGCUCCACCACUAAAAGCUUCUUCACUCCAGCCCUCUUCUUCGAAAAUUUGCAGAGCCUCGACGUGGUCGAUCUUGAUGGUGGACUCCUCCGGCACGAAAUCCAUGCGGCGCUGGCGCUCCUCCUCCGCUUUCCAAAUAGCGUGAGUAAUUUGAGCAAUUGCGUAAAUAGCAUAACAAAUAGCGCAUAUAACCUGCCACUUGGGAUUUCGGAUCUGAACGAGUUGUUCACGAGCGAGAGGCGAACGAGGUUGGUCCCCAAAGAUAGGAAUUUGAGGCCUACAGAAUUUCUGCUGAGAUCGAGAUCCUCCAGGGGCGGUAAGCCGCCCAGGUCCGGUGCGGUGCCAUUGAGAAGGUUGUCGGUGAGGACGAGGAGCUCGAGGGAUCUAAAGCGGUUGAUCUUGGGCGGCGGUGAGCCCCACUGCCUGAGGGAGACCAGGGACAACUUUUGCAAGCUCGAUAGCUUGGUGAGGACGGUGAAGGAGUUGAUCGAGAAUUUUUCUGAGAGCGCACCGCCGCAAAUGGAGAGCUUUGACGGCGAGAGGUUUCGAAUUCAUAAUGAUAGAUUUCCAACUGGAGACGGCCGCAGAGGACGGCAAUCUCGACAAUCUCUAUCGACGUUCUAA